CACAAGCAUGACCGGAGUCACGGAAUACAUAUUACACCGCCCCGGGAGUCAAGCACGACAAACGUUCGCUCGUUCUCCUAUGUAUGAAUCCACCAACCCCGCAAACACCCCGACGCGCGACGCGUUCGACGAACACUGGACAAAAUGGCGCGCGUCGUUGCCCCGCGACUCCGACGCCACAGUCCUGUCUACCCCCGCGCCACGUCGCUAUACACACUUUGGCUCUUGGUUGUUUGUGCGGGUGCGAGACACGGUUGUGGAUCGACGACGGAUCCAGCGCGGUGCACCGCCGCCUCUCGCUGCCUGCUUGCCGACGUCACGCUGCGACGCGACGAGGUACGGCGGGGGAGAACGAACAGGUUCCUCUACGUCCGAAACCACGCCUCUCUCCGCCUAGGUAUUC